AUGCAAAGGGAACUUUCUAUACUCAAGGAACACACCGCUUCUACGUCUGAUCUGCUUGAUCUGCACAGUUCAAAUUUUACAGAGCUGCGUGGCAUUCUGCUUCGAGAAUCGGCUGCCUCGGCAGAAGCUGGCCAGCGACAAGCCGAACAGCUUCAGGGGCUGGAGAUAAAGCUGUUAAAAUUUGAGGCUGCUUAUGAAGUCUCCCGUUCGAAGGAGGAGAAAAGUGUUGCAGAUAGUGAGAGGAUGCGUGCCAAGUUGAACCAAGCAGAGGAGGUGAUAUCGAGGACGGACAAAAUGGUUGGUCUGAAGUGGGAGACUUAA